GAAGGAAGGAAUUUUCUUCUCAGGAGAUGGUGACUCUGAAGUGUAGGAUGAGAACAAAGGUGAGAACUGAGGCCUGAAGCAGACUGUGGAAAGUCCUAUCAAAAGACAGGAGUUGUCACCUUUUUGAGGGUGGAGUUAAGAGAGGUGUUAAGCAGGGGAAGAGAUAUAAAAAGGCUCACACAGCUCAGUGCCAGUAUCUUUUGCUGCCAGAGCUCAAGGGCAGGAGCUAGCACUCUCCCUACCUGAAAAGGAAGGAAUCAGAGGCUUAGGAACAUACAUUAAAGACUUUAAUUGCUAACCUCCAGUGAGGUCUCGCUUGUUUGCACCUGCCUCAUCUACCUUACUGACUGGGUAACUGAGAGUGCAGAGAGGACCUUUUCCAGGGCAGUGAGGGGGCCACUGAAACCUCAGCCUAUAUAGAGUGCAAGGUGGUCAAUCAUUAGACAAGGCGACUGGCUGCUGAGCAGGAACCUGCAGACUCUGUGCAUCACUGGCAAGAUGCUCCAACCUCACCUGCUGCAGAAAAAGAUGGGCCUGAGCACCUGUGACCAACAUGGAGAACAAGAGAUGUUCUUCUGUGAGGAAGACCAGAGGCCCCUCUGUGUAUCCUGCUUAUCAGCCCCAGAGCACAAGGACCAUCAAGUCCUUUCCUUGGAGACAGCUGCUGACAAGUGCAAGAAGAAGCUCCGGGAGAGAUGGAACAUCUUACAGAAGAAAGAAGAGAAAUUUCAAACUGCACUGGACACCUUGAGAAGAAGAAAGGAGCAAUUCACAGAGCGUACCUACACUUUGAAAGAGACAACUAUUUCUGAAUAUGGCAAAAUUCACCAAUUUUUAUGGGAUGAAGAAUAUCAAUGCCUGCAAAAUCUGGAGCAGCAAUCCAGAGUCAAUGUGGUCAAACUGGAGGAGAAGGAGCAUGAGCUGACCCAACAAAUCCAGAAUCUACAACAAGUGAAGUUUGAAGUAGAGGAGAAUUUGGACAAGAUGCCCUUGGAAAUGAUCCAGGAUAUGCCAGGCACUUUGAAAAAGAAGGAAGAGCUCCUAUUGAAAAAACCAGUGCUUUCUUACAUUUUCUGGCCUACCUGCCCUGUCAGAGGCAUGAGAGAAAUCCUCAUGAGUUUCCACAGGGAUAUAACUUUUGAUCCUGAAUCAGCCCAUCCUCAUCUCGUCCUAUCUGAGGAUUUGAAGAGGGUCCAGUAUGGAAGCAUCUAUCAAGACCUGCCUGACAACAAAGAGGGAUUUGAGUCUGGUCUUGUGGUUCUGGGAGCACAGAAAUUCUCCUCUGGCAAACACUAUUGGGAAGUGGAGAUGGGAGACAAGACAGCGUGGGAAUUGGGCAUCUGUAAAGAUUCAGUCAGGAGAAAGGGGCUGAUCUCCUCCUCAUCUGAGGAUGUAAGUACCCUCAUCGGCUUCACAUCUGGAAAUGAAUUCUUCCUCUGGAAUUCAGAAAUGGGCUGUCUAUGCAGCUCGCCUCUGGACAAAGUGGGCAUUUUUCUAGAUUAUGAAAUGAGGUAUCUAGCAUUUUAUGAUGUCCUAGAUAGAUCCCUGAUCCACAGUCUCUCAAACAUAGAUUUUGAAGAGCCUCUUCGCCCUUACUUCUGUGCUUUCCUUUUAAAUGAUGAGAGCACCCUUGGUUCACUCAAAAUUUGCCCCAAGAGUCCAUAUGCAAGGUGGUCAAUCAUUAGACAAGGCGACUGGCUGCUGAGCAGGAACCUGCAGACUCUGUGCAUCACUGGCAAGAUGCUCCAACCUCACCUGCUGCAGAAAAAGAUGGGCCUGAGCACCUGUGACCAACAUGGAGAACAAGAGAUGUUCUUCUGUGAGGAAGACCAGAGGCCCCUCUGUGUAUCCUGCUUAUCAGCCCCAGAGCACAAGGACCAUCAAGUCCUUUCCUUGGAGACAGCUGCUGACAAGUGCAAGAAGAAGCUCCGGGAGAGAUGGAACAUCUUACAGAAGAAAGAAGAGAAAUUUCAAACUGCACUGGACACCUUGAGAAGAAGAAAGGAGCAAUUCACAGAGCGUACCUACACUUUGAAAGAGACAACUAUUUCUGAAUAUGGCAAAAUUCACCAAUUUUUAUGGGAUGAAGAAUAUCAAUGCCUGCAAAAUCUGGAGCAGCAAUCCAGAGUCAAUGUGGUCAAACUGGAGGAGAAGGAGCAUGAGCUGACCCAACAAAUCCAGAAUCUACAACAAGUGAAGUUUGAAGUAGAGGAGAAUUUGGACAAGAUGCCCUUGGAAAUGAUCCAGGAUAUGCCAGGCACUUUGAAAAAGAAGGAAGAGCUCCUAUUGAAAAAACCAGUGCUUUCUUACAUUUUCUGGCCUACCUGCCCUGUCAGAGGCAUGAGAGAAAUCCUCAUGAGUUUCCACAGGGAUAUAACUUUUGAUCCUGAAUCAGCCCAUCCUCAUCUCGUCCUAUCUGAGGAUUUGAAGAGGGUCCAGUAUGGAAGCAUUUAUCAAGACCUGCCUGACAACAAAGAGGGAUUUGAGUCUGGUCUUGUGGUUCUGGGAGCACAGAAAUUCUCCUCUGGCAAACACUAUUGGGAAGUGGAGAUGGGAGACAAGACAGCGUGGGAAUUGGGCAUCUGUAAAGAUUCAGUCAGGAGAAAGGGGCUGAUCUCCUCCUCAUCUGAGGAUGUAAGUACCCUCAUCGGCUUCACAUCCGGAAAGGAAUUCUUCCUCUGGAAUUCAGAAAUGGGCUGUUUAUGCAGCUCGCCUCUGGACAAAGUGGGCAUUUUUCUAGAUUAUGAAAUGAGGUAUCUAGCAUUUUAUGAUGUCCUAGAUAGAUCCCUGAUCCACAGUCUCUCAAACAUAGAUUUUGAAGAGCCUCUUCGCCCUUACUUCUGUGCUUUCCUUUUAAAUGAUGAGAGCACCCUUGGUUCACUCAAAAUUUGCCCCAAGAGUCCAUAGUAGAAGGCUGUCACAGGUGCUAAUUCCUAAGGAUGACUUUUUAUGAAAAGUGAAUGAGUGUAACGAUGCCAGUGAUACUCCCAUUUCUUUGAAUUCCUAUUGAAAUGGUCAAUAAAGUGUGAUUAUUUAAACCAAGAAAA